UUCCAACCUACUCUACUCUAUCCAUCAACUUCUCUGUGACGGCUCACUGCAACAAGUAUCAAUUACAAGCUAGCCAGCCGGCUAUACGAAUUGAGAUCAUCAAUUCGAUUCUGCCAUGUCCUAUUCAAUGGGCUCACAAGCCGUUUUUUUGGCAACAGCUGUAGCCGUUUCAGCCGGCAUUAUCGUUCUCUUCCUUCGGGAAAAUUAUUUUCCAAAUGCAGAGCUUGAAGUUAACAAGAAUGCUCAAAAUCCUCCACAGGGAAAAACUAUUCUCAAAUCUUGCUUAUCUUCAGGUGAAAAGAAGAAGAAGAAGAAAAGGGUUCAUUUUGCAGCAGAUGUGAGAGAUUCAGGCAAAAAUGGGGAAGAGUACAGAAGAAGACUAUAUAGAAAAUGUUGUGAGAAGAAUAUUAUGGAUAUGCCAGCGAAUCCUACAGCUUUGUACGAUGGAAUUCUCAAAGAAAGUGGGUAUCUUACGGGAUUCUCUUAUUGAUAAAUUUAUAAAAAAACAAAGUACAAUUAAGAGAAGAAAUUUUAGGUUGUGUAGCCAAUUUGGUUGUAAAUCGUGAUGAAUGAACAUUACAUUAGAAUGUUUUGUUCAUUCAGAUACGAUUGUUCCUAAAAAAUUAAGUUCUUCCGUAUGUUUUUUGUGAUGGUACAAAUAUAAUUUGCUUUCCAUCUAUUUCUCGUGUUA